AUGAUGGCUAUACCAAGUAACAAUAAUUUGCGUCCUAAGGAUGAAUUGAUCAAUGACGAGAACGAGAGACCUCCUAUUACCACACAAGAACCUUUGCUUAAUGGUGCUCAAGUCGAGAUAAGGACUGAAAAUCCCGAAUCUAAAAAGGUGGCACCUCGAUCAUCGGAACUAUUCAGAGUCGGACCCCAAUUUAGUCAACCAGAAGUUCACGAGAAGGUUUUCAAUCUUCUGACGGGAGAAGAGGUGAAAUUGAACUUAUACGCUCGAAUUGAUAGAGGGUUCGAAUUAACUGAGGAUAAUAUUUGGCUCAGUUACAAAAGAAACUACAUUACCUUAGUUACCUCAUUCGAUAUUGAUGGAUACGAUUUGAAUGAUUUUAUUGGCACUAAGUUUUACCUUAAUGGGAAAUCGACGCCAAAGGAUGAACUGACAAUCACAGACUUACCUCCUUCCAAGAGAAGAAAGUUCUUGAGAGAAAAUAGACCAGAAGGUGAAUUGGAUGAAGAUGAAGUUGAAGUUAGAGGAUCACCUGUGGAGAUAAGCUAUUUUGCUAUAAGGUUGGUGGCAAGGUGUAGUAACGAUGAUGUGAGUAUUACUUUGGUUCAACACACAUCCAAAAGGGAUAAAGGACCACAAUAUCCUCCACCAAUUUUACCAUCGAUACCUGGAUCGUUACCCACUCAUGAAAUUAUUAAAGCUUCAACUAACAAAAGAAGUGGAUCCAAGGUGAGUACUUUCAAUAAAAUGUUCAUGUUUGACAGAAAUGAAUACUACACAUCUUGUAAUAUAGAUUCAGCCAAUGACAAGUCAAUUUUGAAAAAUUAUCCAUCAGAAUCAAUCGCUAGGGUUGCUAGGUUCGAAAGAAUUCAGUUUGGUACUUCCAUCAGAAAUGCUUCCACAGGUAAGAGAUUUUAUAAUUUAUGUGUUGAGCUUUUAGGAGUAGUUGAGGAUGGGGCCUCGAUUCAACCCAUACUAUUAGCGUCCAUCGCUAGUCCAGACCUAGUAGUUAGAGGCAGAUCCCCCGGUAAUUAUAAAAAAAAAAGAUAA